AUUUGAAAAUUUUGAAAUUGACAAGCUAUCAGUGCCUGCGAUUUUACGCCACUAUCACAUCGAUGCACCGCGCCCUCGCGGGCGCAGUUGCCCGUCGCUGGUUUAUACGGUCGCAUAGAAGUCACGAGUUCUCAGUUCGCGCACCGCCGCCGUAGCGUGAGGAUGUGUGUCAGUGUUCGUUGCGUGCGUUAAUGAAAUAAAGAGAAAUCGAGAUCUCAUAGUGUGUCUAAAAUUCCAAUUUGCCAGCCGUCAGCUGUGUUCAAAACAUAUUCUUCGACUGAAUUUAUCGCCUAACAAAUGAACGCACACCAUGACAUCCCGUGAAUACAUUGCCGUAACGUUUACGAUAAUACUGACAAUUCUAACGGUUAACACAAAUGCCAGAUCAUGGGACUUAGCAGUAGUGAUAGGACGCGACAUCGAAUUUUUCGCGCGCAAUCAGACGCUAACCGGUCAAGCCAAAUUGGCGGAAGCUGUGGCUCUAGCAGGAAUAGGUUACGAUGAUGCGACCAAAACAAUGUUUUUUAGUGACACAAGCAAUAAAAACGUGUCGAUAUUCAGUAGCGAUCUGAAAGACAAGAACUUUACGUUGAAACCAUUAAUUAAAAGACAAAACAAAAGUCACAUCCUAGGAAUCGCUUUCGACAUGAAGACGCGAACAUUGUUGUGGAGCGACGCCUUGAGAAACGUGAUCAUGAAGAUGCACGUGCCAGUGGACGGCCCGCCAGAAGAACCAAUCGUGCUGCACAAUUUGACGUACAGGAGCCCACGUGGUAUCGCUUUGGACGUAUGUAACAGUCACAUAUACUGGGUAAAUAGUAAUAAUACAAAUCCGAGCGUCGAGCGCUCGAAUCUAGAUGGAAGCGAUCGAAUUACCGUGGUUAAAGAAAAUUUGUACGAGCCGAUUGCUGUGGCUAUAGAUCACGCCGAAGAGAAACUCUACUGGAUCGACGAUGUUGAGGGUUUACGAAUUAAAAUCGAGCGCAGCAAUCUUGACGGCACCGAGCGUGAAUUACUGGUUCACAAUAGUCGACAACAGCCAGUUUCUUUGGCCGUGGAUCAUGAGUCGAUUUAUUGGUCCGAUAUGGUGUUCAGGGCCAUUUGGACGAUAUCGAAAAACGCGACAGCCGGCGAUGUGCCGACAGAGUUUCAUUCAUAUUUCACGUCGAAUCAUGAUGUCGAUCCGACCGGUAUAAUAGCACGUGACAACGUGGGAGACGUUGACUGCGCGGCGAUUGCGAAAAAGAGGCAUAAAACUAGUGUAGUCAAAUCUAUGCAAAUGGUGGAGUCGUAUAAUAAUUUAAUUACGAGCACGGAAGAAUCGGAAUCGACCACCGAGAACUCCAAACAGUGCUUAAACGACGGAGCUAUAGAUGAGAAAACUGGUAGCUGUCGCUGUAAGCUUGGGUUCACUGGUACACAUUGUGAGAUAAAUCAUUGCCACAAUUAUUGCCUUCAAGGCAGCUGUAGUAUAAAUAGCCAUGGACUGCCCCAGUGCAAAUGCAGUAGCACAUUUGUUGGACCAAGGUGUGAAACAGACCUAUGCAAAGAUUAUUGCUUACACGAUGGUCACUGCUCCGUCCAAAAUGAUAAACCAGUUUGUACAUGUAAAUAUUCAGAGGGAUCUCGUUGUGAAGCUUUAUAUAAUAAUACUGAAAUUUGUGAAAUGUAUUGUACAAAUAGCAAUUCAGUUCCUAACAGCAUCUCUGUUAAACUUAAAUGCAGGUGCUCAGAAGUAAAUCAAAGAAUGCUACAAAUGAUCGAAUCUAGAGAGGAUGAUGAGUACAGAAUACUGCUACCAAUGUUUGGAGCAUUUGUUGCUAUACUUGUUUUUGUAAUAAUUGUACUUAGUUACUAUGUAAAUAAAUUACGAAGACGACCACGUAUCAAAAAGCGCUUUGUUGUCAGCAAAGGCGGUAUAACGCCACUAACUUCUAGACCACAGCUGCCAGAUAGUCAAUGUGAAAUAACCAUAGAGAACUGCUGCAACAUGAAUAUCUGUGAAACUCCUUGUUUCGAACCAAAAUUAUGUACGGCAAUGCCGGGCAGUAACAGUACUAAGAAAGAAGAGAAGAAUUCUUUACUCGAUAACAUGGAGGAAAAUUCGUGGUAGCAUAAACUAAUAUUUCGACGUGACAAUUGGCGGAGACCGUGUGGACUUCAUGUAGAGUCUAUGAAAAAUUUAGCUUCGCGAAACUGCACGUCUGUACAUAAUUCAGGAUGUUGUAGUAUUAUUGUUAUAUUUAGUGAUGAUACUUAUACGAAAGUACGGGAAUACCGUAACGAUGAUACAGUCAGAAAAAGAAAGCCAAAGGUCUUCUUGAGCACUUAAUUUUUAUUAUAUCGUAUGAUAUAUAUAUAUAGGGUUGUGUUCAUAUAAAAAUGAUUGCAGGUAACUAUUGAAAAUAAUUCAAUCUUUCUUUUUUAAAGUAUACAGUUAAUGCUUUUCAUAAGAGAACAAGAAAUCCUAACUUUCAUAGCAUUUAUUAUACACUCUUAUAUGUAUAUAUACAUAUAUGUAUAUAUGUGUGUGUAUAUAUGCACAAACUUUCCAACAGUUUUGUAUAAUAUUUGAAUUAUACUUUCUAGUUCUCAUUCUUUCCUUGUUCAAUUAUGUUGAUUUCCAAUAGCUGCUUGUAAGCAGCUAAACGUGUUCUAAAACAGCACCAAAACUUAAUUCUGAUUGCAAUUGAAGGGUACAGAAAACUUGCCUUAAUUGCUAGACUAAAUAAUUGCUCAACGUACCACUGAGUACAUUUUUAACAAAUUUAAAAUGAGAUGAUUAUUGCAUAAACUGCGUUUAUGUUCCAUAAAAAGAAAUUAAAUGUUUCUAAGUAAUAGUUCCAUCAAAGUUGAUAAAUUAUGUUCAUAACUGUUAAUCAUUAAAUUAUUACAUUUUUACAAAAUUUAACUUUUGAGCGAAUCGUUGUUUUUCAAUUCAUCAGACACAUUUGUGUCGAUUACGUGUACUUAUACAUAAAAGAACGAAUUUUAUACUACAAUACGGUUCACGUAUUUACACGUUGUUUUAUUAAGAAAACGAAAAAAAUCGCUUAAAUAGUUCUCGAAUUAUUCAACAAUUUAGACAAAUUUAAAAACGUGAUCUUGAGUUUGAAUUGAUAUAUGUGAUUUCAUUUGCUAAGUAAUUGUAACUAUUUGUAUAAAAAUUGUAUAGCGCUAUUUUACAUAUUUGUGCAAGCGCGCACAAAAAUACAAAUAUAUAAAUUAUUAAAAAAAGAAUAAUUCAGUUCUUUAAUAGAGGCAAAUUCAUUAAAAGUCAAAUCAUGAUACAUUUCCAUAACUCUUAAGUUUCUGAAAGCUAGAUAUUUAGAAAUAUCAAACGAAAAAAUCAUCAAUAUAAGUUAUAGACGUUUUACAUCUAUAGAAAGUACAACAAACUAUUGAAAAAUUUGUCCAGAAGACCAGAAGAUUUUUGGCAAUUCUUCGAUUUUCAUGGUAUAGUACAAAUGACGAUAAAAUGAUACGAGAAACAUUAAAAUUGUUACAGUUUUUUGUUUGACUGCUUCCACUUAUUGUUGUAUAAAUUGUACUUUCUAUUGCUCUCUUUAUAUUUGAACUGUAUAAUUAUAUACUGGUAAAAGGUAGCUAAUUUUUACACCAUAUAGUUACUUAAAAUGUAAACUUAAAUUUGUACCAAAGUCAUAUGUAAUAUCACCCCUAGCUGUAAUAAUGUAAUUUGUAAAAAUUAUUAUUUCGAAGUAACAUGAAACAUUAAGCAUGUAAAACUUCAUACAUAUAACAUUAAUAGGUAUAGUCGCAUAAUAACAGUAA